AUGUUUGCACAACAGCCAAAGGGGCCACCGUCGAAUCGAACCCAAACAACACUAACAAGCCAAAGUGAAGCUGCAGCAAAAGAGAAGCUUGCUGGAUUUGUGUAUGAAUAUUUGGUGCAUAAUGGUGCAACGAAAACUGCCGAAUCAUUCAAAGGAGAAAUGUUAUCACAAAAUAAUGCAUCGAAGCAAAUUAAUAUUGGCGACGCACCAGGAUUUUUGCAGAAUUGGUUCUUUUUAUUUUGGGAUUUAUACUCAGCAGCUCCGGAGAGGCGAGAUACGUGUGAAGCUUCACAAGAAGCUAAAGCUUUUCAUGAAUACGGGUUUAUGAAUGCAAGUCAUGGCGUUCCUCCAGGUCCUGCUGGUACACCAAUGAUGAAUGGUAUGCACGGAUCUCAUCUGUUUCCGUCAGCAGCAGCUAGCCCUUUGGGUAUGGGACCUGGACCAGGGCCAGAUGGACUUAUGCCUGCUGGUUAUUAUCCUCCACGAAGUGGACAACCGGGACCAUCAGGCGCAACUAGUCAGUCGUCACCCAUUUCAGGCGUGCCUCCUUCUGGAAGCUUUGCUCCAGUUCCGCCACGGUAUGCUAUGCCAUCAAGGAAUGGUCCACCAGGCCCAGGUGCCAUGCCACCUGGCGCUGGCUUUCCAGGUGCUGGACCUCCUCAUAUAUUUGGAGAACAAAUGCGACCCAUGCAACCACAGCGACUACCUCCAAGUGCAGGCCCAAUGCGUAUGCCAACGAAUUUUCCGGGAAUGCGACCAAACGGUCCAAUGCGAUAUGGCUCUCAAAUGUAUAUGGAGUCUCCAACGGGGACGCCUUUCCCUCCAAAUGCGAUGAUGCCAAAUGGCGCGAUAUGCUCAUCAACUCCUUCAAUGAUGUCAUCACCAGGACCGCAAGGACCAAUGCCAACAGGGCCUGAUGGACAGGCUGAUCCAAGGGGUUACAUGAUGAUGUCAACUGCCUCGAAUAUACCAUACGUGAUGCAUGGUUCUGAGGGCAGUAUGACUCCUGGAGCAGGUGGCAGAGGUUCAGCCGGUCCUCCGGGUUCCGGUCCUGAACCACAGGUUGGUUCAUUAUUGAACGGUGAUGAAAUGAAACAAUCACCUGCUUCUACACAUGGUGGACUAAAUGGCGGUACACCAAGCACAGCAGGCGGACCAGGCAGUCAGGCACCAGUGGGUGGUCCAGGCUCAGUAGCAGGGGCCGGAGUUGGUGGUCCUGGUUCGGUACAUUCACAGUCUGGUGCACCUCAGAAUGCUGUAGCUGGUGGCAGUCAAGGUAAUGGACCCGGCAAUAGUUCAAAUACCAACUCAGGUUCUGGUGGACAAGUAAAUGAAGAAGCAAGUGAAAUAUCGAAAAUCAAGCAAAGUUUAUUCGAUGAUUUAAAACAUUUUGGUGCAAAGGAAGAUAAUAAUGCUGAAAGUUAUUUUUCGUAA